GGGGAGGGAGGAUAAUUUCCUUUCUGUAGCGCACACGCCGCAAGAAUACACCGGGAUACGGACAAAAAACUAGAGAAGACAGGGAAGGAAAUACCGCAGCCCCGUUGUCUUUUGUUUUGGGAAUUCAUAACGCAGAACGAAGGAAUAACAUGGGGAUAGAUUUCUUGUUGAAAAUUGACUUUCAGUAGCCCUAUCUACAUGCGAAAAAGUCUGGCGAAUAGACUGCGAAAAGGCACGGUCAGCCAGGGAAGACAUGUUUUGUGAUUUUAGUCCUGAGCUUGAGGUAGGAUGUUGAUUUAUUUUCGCAAAAUAUUUCUGUCUCCGGCGCAAAUAAACAGUCAGCGGUGAAUGGGUAUUACUAUAUUCAAUGCACAGUAUUUUUUAUUAAAUAGACUCGUUUUAAUUAGUUCGUUUUAUUAACAUAAUAAAUAGCACAGGCCUUCGAUAUUGUGAGUAGCCUAUUGCUUUACCUAGUAAACAAGGAUAUGAAUUGGUGAAAAUUGGCAGCUAUUUUUUUAAUCUUACCCUUAUCUUUUUUUAGUACAGGAAGCAAAUGGCCUCUUUUAAAGAACACAGUUAUUAGAUAUUCCUACCAAAUUGCUUAAUCAGAUAUCUAAUCGUCUUUCAUCUCAAGUGUUGCAUAACAGUCGAUAUUAAGAUAUACCCCUUAUAUUUUUUUAAACAGAAAAACACUACAUUAAAACCCCGUCUUUGCUGUCUUCAAAGAAAGAGUUCGCUAGAGGCCAAGGGAGAAAGUAAAAAAAGAGCAAGGCGAUAAUUCUAACACUAGACAGGGAACAUUAGGCGUUUUUAAAUGUUAAUGUCGACCAACGUAGCAUCCAUCAUGCUGCCUGUAUCUCGGGUUAUAAUGGACCGGGAUCGAGAGCUGCAGGACACAAUGGCCGGGGUGCAUCCUAAUUCGACUGGGGCGCCUGGUGCAGCUGCCCGGGGAAUGAAGCGAGGAGACCCUGAGCCGGACGCGCAGACAUCGGCAGCUCUAGUAGAAUCGGCCGGGGCAGAGUGCAAGCGUCCCCGUAUUGACGGAUCUGGAGGAGUCGCGGAGGUCGGCCAGAACAAUGACCCCUUGACCUGUGGAUACCAUGGAUACCCUCCUCACAGUCAAGGCUCUCAGGAUGCGGCGGGUGGCCAAGAGGGGCUGGUCCCCCCACCUUUCUCAGCCUUCCCCCCUCCUCCCCCUCCGCCUCCGCAGAACGGCUUGGCCCUGGAGUACGGGGCCAGUCUGUAUGCGGCGGGGGGCACGCAGGGGUCGGUGGAGUCCGGACCGGCUGGCCCUAACCCCCCGACCAGCGCCCCCAACAGCUUGAACACCCAACAGUCAGAUGUGACCUCACAGAUUGACGGCCAGUUAGUUGCAACAGGAGGGGGUAGCGGCGGGGGGUCCAUUGGGGACGACUCAGAGAAGGGGACCCCCAAACGCCUCCACGUCUCCAACAUCCCCUUCCGCUUCCGAGACCCCGACCUCCGGCAGAUGUUUGGGCAAUUUGGAAAGAUUCUUGACGUGGAGAUCAUAUUCAACGAGAGAGGAUCAAAGGGUUUUGGCUUUGUGACGUUCGAGACCAGUGCCGACGCGGAGAAAGCCAGAUCCUCUCUCCACGGCACUCUGGUGGAAGGACGCAAGGUUGAGGUCAACAAUGCCACUGCCAGGGUGAUGACCAAUAAGAAGAUGGUCACCCCGUAUUCAAACGGAGGAGAGGGGCUUGCCGCUCUACCUUAUGGUCUACUGAACUCGACUUCCCCGGCUGCUGGGUGGAAGUUGAGUCCAAUGGUUGGAGCCAUGUACAGUCCUGAGCUCUAUACUGAUUUCUCUGGCCUGUCCCUCACAGUCCCGGGCUUCCCCUACCCCGCUGCCCAGGCAGCCCAGGCGGCCGCCACCUUUCGGGGCGCCCACCUCCGGGGUCGUGGCCGGCCGGUCUACAGCGCUGUCAGGGCAGCUGUUCCCCAGCCCGCCAUCCCUGCGUACCCGGGCGUGAUGUAUCAGGACGGCUUUUACGGUGCGGCAGACAUCUAUGGUGGCUAUGCUGCGUAUCGCUACGCCCAGCCAACGGCGGUAGCCAGUCCGGCCGGAGCGGCGGCCGCGGCCGCGGCCGCAGCCUACAGUGACAGCUACGGCCGGGUGUAUACAACAGACCCAUACCAUGCCGCGCUAACCCCUGCCACAGCUGCCGCUUAUGGAGUAGGCGCUAUGGCCACGCUGUACAGGGGAGGAUACAGUAGAUUUGCCCCCUACUAAACAGAAGCACAUUUCCCAGGAGCGCCCGUCGUUUGAACACUCUCGGAAUGAGCUCCCUCUGCUGUCCAGGAUGGGGAUUGCAACAUGCUGACGGAAGUUUGUAGCCUACCAUGGAAAAUAUAUAUAUUUCAAAAUCCCUAAAUCUCCCGCAAAUCCACUCUUUUUGCUUCAAUAAAAAAAGGAAUGCCGUUUUAAAGACUGGCAGAAAGACUUGACAGACGGAAGAAAAAAAAAAAGAAAAAAUUUAAAAAUGUUUUUGAACCAAAAUGGCCGCCUGUUUCCAUUGCACGGCUGUAUUAUAGUCUCCCUUUUUCUCCUUUUUGAUGCUCAGCAGCACAAGACACGGAACGCAGCCCCUAGCUAGCGUACCUCUAGAACCUAACCUUUAACUGGUGCACGGACAGACAACAGAACACUGAGACAACCCCUGACGACACUUAUAACACCCAAGGUGCAAUGUGGCACGUACUGUACACAAAUCAUACAUAAAAGACGUAUGCGGAGCCUGGUUACUGAAGACGGAACUGUGACUGUCAGUGUCUUCAUAUCUGUGGAGACCGAAUGUGCAAGAAUCUACAACAACAGCGCGCCAAUAGCAUUUUGGGACUGAAAGACAGGUUGCAAAAAAAAGUUGGUUUAACUCCUAUGUUUCCUCAUGGGGGUCAAAGGAGAAAGGGUGAGUGAGUGUGAGAGAGAGGGUGAGUGAGUGUGAGAGAGAGAGAGUGUGUGUGUGAGAGAGAGAGAGUGUG